CCACAUAAGUAAAAAAUGGCUCAUCUUACCCCACUCUCCCCUAAGCUUAUCGCAGGAACACACAGUCAUCAUGAAAGAGAACUGAAAGCACUUUCACACUCGACUGAACUACAGUCUGAACUGCAACACAGAGAUUUCACAGUCUCUCUGGGGCUUCACGAACAACUAAACCAAAGCAGACAGGAAGUGAAAGUGAAACAAACAGCAAGAGAUCUGCUCCAUAUGGCGACCAGCAGGAGUAAGACGAGUCUCAGAGAAGAUCUGACAUGUGCCAUCUGCUUUGAGCUCUUCAAAGAGCCCGUGAUGCUGGGCUGCAUGCAUCACUUCUGCAGGAGAUGCAUCGUGUCGUACUGGAAGACUGUCAGGAGUCCUGUGUCCUGCCCGCAGUGCAGACAAGAGUUUCCCAACAAAAGCUUUCAGACCAACUACUUAGUAGCCGGUCUGGUGGAGAAGGUCAGGGCCAGCUCCACGCCCGGAUCCCUCAAGUAUCUGGAGAAGCAAUUAAAGGACCAUCUAGAAUCGCAGUGCUCCAUGAAAGAGGCCUACGUCUCGAUGAUCCGUGAAGACAAAGACCAGAUGGAGAAAAUAAGAAAAAUAGGAGCUGAGCUGCAGGGGCGAGUGCACGGCGACUUCCAGGCUCUGCAUCACUUCCUGCGGGUGGAGGAGGAAGCCAUGAUGGAGGAGCUGAAGAGGGAGCAGGAGGAGCUGCUGCAGGGGCUGGAGCGACAUCUGGAGGCCCUACAGGUGGCCAUCAGAGACGUGGAGCAGAACAUCAACACGCUUCGACAGACGGCCAGCUGCGCAGACCAAUCCGUACUUGUGGAGCUCCCAGAAUUGAAUUCCAGAUCGCCUCUGCAAGAGCUGAAGAUCAACCUGAAUACUUUCAGAAGCAAACGCAUUGCUCCUCUUCAGUACACUAUGUGGAGAAAAAUGUUUCAACAUUUGAAUCCAGGCCCAGCACCGUUGAUAUUUGAUGAGGACACGGCUCAUCCCAGUCUACAGCUUUCCAGGAACAAAACCCAAGUGAUUGAGAGUGAUAAAAUGAUCGGUUACACGUGCGACGGCAAGCGCUUCCUCCAGUGUGUCAACAUUCUUGCGACGGAGGGCUUCCAGUCAGGCAGACAUUACUGGGAGGUGAACGUGAGUAACAACCCUAAAUGGGAUCUGGGUGUUGCUCUGGAGUCAGUGAACCGUCGGGUCCGAGUCAAGCUGUGUCCGGAGAACGGGUACUGGACCCUGCGGCUGCGGAACGGCAGUCGGUACUCGGCCGGCACGCAGCCCUGGACGCCGCUGACCGUGACCGGCUCACCCGGCAGGAUUGGGGUUUUCCUGGAUUGUGAGGAAAGGAAAGUGUCUUUUUAUAAUGCGGAUAACAUGGCACUGCUAUAUUCCUUCUCCAGUGGGCCGAGAGGAAAAGCAUUCCCCUUUUUCAGCACGUGCCUCAGUGAACGCGGUCAGAAAGCCCAGGCCAUCCGCAUCCUGCACUUCCCCUUCGAGUGGGAGAUGUAAAGCAUGUUCAAGAGCCUGCAGGCUAGAAUGAGCCUCUGAUUUUUACAGGUUUUCCAUGAACACUUUUCAUCACUUUACACGCGUUGGGGCCGUGCAGCUCUCAUGACACUAAUCAGAAGGACCACAGACGAUUCUGAAUUGGUUUUUGUGCCAGAUGUUGAUCCUAGAGAUCAGAUUUUGCAUGACUUUACAUGUUGAUUAAUAAAAGAAACAUCAUCUGGAUUUUUUUUUUUUUUUUUUAGCUUUUUAAUUUUAUUUACUGUUUUUGAAUUUAAUUUUAUAGAAUCUUGACAUUAAGCGAGGCUAAUGUCUCAAAAAUGCUGCAAAAAUUAUUUUGGCCUGUCUGGUAAGCAAGUGCUUUUAUUUUAUUUGUUUUUGUUUUGUUUUGUUUUGUUUUGUUUUGUUUUGUUUUGUUUUGUUUUGUUUUAUUUUAUUUUAUUCAGACAAAAUUCUAUAGCCUGUCUGGUAAGCAAAUGAUUUUAUUUUAUUUUGACAAAAUUAUUUAGCCUGUCUGGUAAGUAAUUGCUAUUUUAUUUUAUUUUAUUUUAUUUUAUUUUAUUUUAUUUUAUUUUAUUUUAUUUUAUUUUAUUUUAUUUUAUUUUAUUUUAUUUUAUUUUAUUUUAUUUUAUUUUAUUUUAUUCAGACAAAAUUCUAUAGCCUGUCGAGUAGGAAAGUGCUUUACUAUUUUAUUUUAUUUUAUUUUAUUUUAUUUUAUUUUAUUUUAUUCUGACAAAAUUCUUUAGCCUGUCUGGUAAGCAAAUGAUUUUAUUUUAUUUUAUUUAGACAAAAUUAUUUAGCUUGUCUGGUAAGCAAGUGCUUUUAUUUUGUUUUGUUUUGUUUUUUGUUUUGUUUUGUUUUGUUUUGUUUUGUUUUGUUUUGUUUUGUUUUAUUUUAUUCAGACAAAAUUCUUUAGCCUGUCUGGUAUGCAAGUGCUUUUAUUAUUUUAUUUUAUUUUAUUUUAUUUUAUUUUAUUUUAUUUUAUUUUAUUUUAUUUUAUUUUAUUCUGACAAAAUUCUUUAGCUUCUCUGCUAAGUAAUUGCUAUUUUAUUUUAUUUUAUUUUAUUUUAUACAGACAAAAUUCUCUAGCGUGCCUGGUAAGCAAGUGCUUUGAUUUGAUUUGAUUUUUUUCUUCCUCUUUUUUGGGAAUUAGAAAUGCUGAAGAAAUGGUAAGUUAAAACUGUACAAUGUAAAUCAGUCCAGCCUUUUAUCUGAUUCUGCAAAAAUAUCACCACAGCAUUCUGUGACAUGCAUAUUGCUCAAUAUUCUUUUCAUCGUUGCCUUUAUAGAUAUGUACAGAAGGUAAUUAUAGAUAUUACAAACUAAUUAAAAUACUUUGUUCUUUCCA